AUGGCCUUCCUCCUCCCUUCAAACGCUGGAAGUUUGUCUUAUGCCAAAGCCAACCUUCCUUCAAAGAAGACGAGUUCUACUACUCAGCACUACUUCAAGAGUCCACUUGUCCAAGAAGCUCUCGAUCAAUGCAUAUUAGAUCGCAACGUCGAUCCCGAUCAAAUGAUUGAUUUGCUUGAGAAUUUGUCGAACGAGCACGAUCUUCGCCCGAACCAAUCCUAUGACUGCCAGCGAGAUUUGCAAGGAUCUUUUGAAUUUGUGUUCAGUUCCUCCAUUGCAGAGAUUCCUCUAAUUGGUAAAAGGUUAUUUCGUGGAUACUAUCUUCCCAUGCGCGAAAUCAUUCAUUUUGAUUUUACAAAUCUAACAAUGGGGAUGGAAGUCAAGUUGUUGCCCCUGCCCAACUUUCCCACCUUUACGUUGCAGGGCCAUGACCUUCAAUGGCAUCCUAACGAGGCCCAACUGACCUAUCAGUUUGACGGCAAGGACAAUACAAGUGUCUGGAAUAUCUUGUAUGCCGAUGGCAACAUGUUGGUGGCCAAAUGUUCCGUCCAUUUGGGAUUGGUGGUCUUGCGACGCAUUCCGCCACUGGAACUGCAAGCAUUGAACGAGGAACGUGGACAUACUACUACUGCUACUACUGACAACUAG